AUGACACGCACUACCUUCUCAGUCACUGUUGUCAUUCUCCUUCUUCUCCUCUUUACCUCGUCCUCCUCCUUCAAUGAAUUGAAUUUUUCCUUCACACAUGCCUAUCCGGUGACUCUUUUGAACGCAACGACUGGUGUCUACGACAUGGGCGUUGCUGUCGACAAGGGCAAUACGCGUGGAGUGGUUGUAACCGUGUGCGGUCAAGCUCCUAAUCCGCAAUACGAAUGCAUUCUCGCACUCAUGAUGGAAUUUAGCUCUUACAUGUUUGCACUUUUGGUUGUGAACUCAGAGAAUGGCAACACGACCCGAUUGGAUUUUCCCAAUCAAGCCAUCACUACAGGAGAUGCCGUCUAUGCUUCAUUAUUGUCUUUCGACGGUCAAUAUUAUUAUUUUCAUUUCGGAGGACAUUUCUUUCAAUUUGAUGCCAAAACGGUUGCAUUUUCAUUCAUUGGAAAAACCUUGCCUGGAACAGCCAUGAGAAUGACUUUGGAUAAUCAAGGAAACGUUUGGUCAGUCACAUAUCCCAAGAGCGGUCUCGUUUCAUUCAAUCCCAAUACUCGAGUCUUAACAGAUUAUGGUUAUGUAUAUAAUCAAUCAUGGCCCAUGUAUCAACGAUCAUUAGCAUUUGACGAUCAAGGUUAUCUCUAUUUUGCUGUUGGUUACACAUUGAGUCAAAUUAUUGCAUUCAAUCCAAAUACUUCAAAAGCAAAUCCACUCAUUCCAGAACAUGAACGUGUCGAUGGAAUGCCAGUCUUGUAUCGAGAUGUGGAUGGAGCUGUCUAUGCUGCCAAUGUUCACGCUACUCCAGUGUAUCGAUUGUAUAAAGGAAAUUCGAGUGUGAUUGUUUCUCACCCAAAGGUCGAGAUGAAAUAUAUUACAGGAAGUCAGGACUUUUUCUAUCCUUAUUUUCCAUCAUUGAGACGAUUAAUUACAUUUGAUGAAGAAAAUCGACAAUUCACUAUUCGAGAAAAGAAUAACACCCUCACAACCUUGUCUUUCCAAUACACGUGUCGUGGCGCCAAUAUUAUGGAUAUUCGAGCAAGUCCAGAUUUCAGCACCUUGAUCGGUGGUUCCAAUUUUCCAAUGAACUUUUUCACCAUGAACUCCAAGAAUGGAAUUUUCCAAAAUUACUAUUCAGUAGAUCAACCCAAUGUCGUUCAGGCGUUUCCAUAUGACCCAUACGUUUGGUUUGGAACGUAUCCUUAUGGUCGUUUACUUCAAUAUGAUCUGAACAAGCCAUGGAUUGAUCCCAUUGCAGGAAAUGUCAAUUCCACCAAUCCAGUCAUUCUCACUUCAGCCAUGCCUCACAUCAUUCGUCCAAGUGUUGUCUUGGUUCAUCCCAAUAAGAAGUUCGUUUUCAUGGGUGGCACCCCAGAAUACGGUAAUACUGGAGGAGGUCUCCUAAUUUGGAAUCGACUCACACAAAAUUCAACCGUAUUAGAUCAUACUCAAUUAUUGAAAUAUCACUCUACUCACAGUAUGGCUGUAAUACCAAACUCUCAAGAUUUGAUUUUAUGUGGAACGACCAUUGCUGCUGGAACUGGAGGAGUUCCCAUUGCACCCGUUGCUGAAUUGUAUAUUUUCAACACGACUUCGAUGAAUGUGACAUGGCGUGGAGCUCUAAUUUCAAACGUUAGAUAUUACUAUGAAUUGUUUAGCGUCAGCUCCACGGGUCUCAUCUAUGGUUACACCGAUUCGAGAAUGUUCUUUGUGUUUAAUCCAGCCAAUCGCUCCUUAAUUCAUUUGAAACCUAUGGAUCGAGCCUUUGUUGAACAAGGACCUCACUCAUUCGCAUUACAUCCGAAUGGUCGUGAUGUGUACAUUACAUUAUCCACUGGAAUUCAUUUCAUUGAUGAAAAUACGUUUGCAAUGAAACGAAUCAUGACACCUCCUUCGAAAGUAUUGCCAUUCAAUGGAGUGAUUUUGAAAAAUGGAUGGUAUUACUAUCGAUCAGAAUCGAGAAUUCAUGGAUUUAAAUUGUUUAAUGUGACUGAGCCAUUGGUUUCAAAUUCUGUAAAACCUAUUGGACCUUCAUCGCGUCCAGAACCUGCAAGAAAUGUCUCUGCAGUGAUUUCGAUGGGGUCAAGCGUGAAAAUGGGAAUGAGAAAUGGAAUGACUUUGAUAAGUUUCAUCUCUUUAGUUUUAUUUGCAUGUUGGUUUUGA